UAAGUUGAGUUAGGGUUUUCAUUUUGUCAGCCAAACCUAAAUCACACACACAAACACACAGUUCAUUGCGGCAGCUCCUUUUUCAGAGGAAUCAUGGUGAAGCACAACAAUGUUAUCCCCAAUGGACACUUUAAGAAGCACUGGCAAAACUAUGUCAAAACAUGGUUUAACCAGCCUGCUCGCAAGACGAGGAGAAGAAACGCUAGACAAGCAAAGGCUGUUAAGGAUUUCCCGAGGCCUGCUGGUAAACUUCGCCCCCAGGUUCACGGGCAGACUUUGAAGUACAACAUGAAGCUUAGGGAGGGUCGAGGAUUUUCUCUCGAGGAGUUGAAGGCUGCUGGUAUUCCAAAGAAGCUUGCCCCAACUAUUGGCAUUUCUGUUGAUCAUCGAAGAAGGAACCGUUCCUUGGAAGGUCUGCAAGCUAAUGUCCAGAGGCUUAAGACAUUCAAGGCUAAGUUGGUUAUCUUCCCAAGACGUGCAAGGAAGAUGAAGGCUGGUGACUCCACCCCAGAGGAGCUUGCAACUGCCACCCAGAUUCAAGGCCCAGUACUCCCUAUUGUUAGGGAGAAACCAGCUGUUGAACUUGUCAAGGUGACAGAAGAGAUGAAAUCUUUGAAUGCUUAUUCUAAGCUUCGAGUUGAGAGGACCAACAAGAAACAUCAAGGAAAAAGACUGAAGAGGGCUGCCGAGGCAGAGAAGGAGGAGAAGAAGUAGGUCUUGGUAUGACUAAAGCACAUGAUAAAUCAGUUUUGGAUGUUGUUUUCUUUCAAGGGUUGACUCUAUUACCUUUUCUUAAGUGCUUUGAUUCGUUAUGUUUUAGUGUUUGUAGCUGGGGUUAUGUUACCGGUCUUGAUUAUCAAACAUAUGUUCAUCAAUGGAACCGAGUUUAUGUGCUUACUUAUUUUUA